AUGCCACAGACAGGGAAUCAGACAAGCUUGUACAACAAGCUCGUCAUCACAUUUGUUGCCAUUGGCGGUACCACGUAUGGAUAUGCCGCCUCAAUCAUAGGAAGCACGAUCGGACAACCGGGCUGGUACCAAUUCUUCAAUCUCCCUCAAAAUGGCGAACCGGGCUACGAUACUAUAACCACACCAGCGAUUGCUACUGCCAAUGGCCUCUUCUCUGCUGGUGGUGCCGUCGCUUGCCUGAUACUCAUGUGGGCUUGCGAUUACUACGGGCGUUUGAGGAGUAUCCAAUUUGGCUGUGCGUUAGGUAUCCUCGGUGGUGUGCUUCAAUGCGCUGCUCAGAAUCUUGCUAUGUUCCAGGCUGGCAGAUGGAUCAUGGGGAUGUGUGUCGGUCUCAUGGCUACCGUAACUCCCAUGUACUUGUCCGAGAUGUCUAGUCCUCUGGCCCGAGGCUGGCUAGUUGGUCAUCACGCAAUCUUUCUUGUCUUCGGAUACAUGCUAUCCUCCUGGAUCGGUUUCGCUGUCUACUUCUCUUCCAAUCUCGAAUUUGGAUGGCGCUUCCCAUUAGCGUUCCAGAUCCUCCCCCCAGUUGUGCUUCUUGCCGGAUCCCCAUGGAUCCCGCGUUCCCCUAGAUGGCUUAUGUCAAAGGGCCAUCGCGACGAAGCAUGGUCUGUGCUUGUGCGUCUUCGCAAGUCGCCUAAUGACCCUGAAGAUCUGGUUGCGAAGGAGGAGUUCUACCAGAUUGAUAAGCAGCUUGAGCUUGAUGCGAAAAAGCUCGAGAUUUAUGGCGGAAGCCCAUGGAAGGCUGUAUUGAAGAAAAAGAGUUAUCGCACACGUAUGAUCAUUGGAUUCAUGACACAAUGGGGUGCCGAGUUUGGAGGUCCUCUCAUUAUUACUGGCUACAUGCCUCUACUACUUUCUGCCUUGUGGUUAACCACCGCUGGACUCAUCUACAACCCUGGUGGUGCUUGGCUCCAUGAUAAGGUUAACUCUCGUCGCAAGAUGUACAUGACUGGCUUUGUGGGAAUAGUUAUUACCACUUCUGUGUACUGCGCCAUGAUCUCCUUGUAUGCCGGCACAGAUAACAAAGUUGGCAAUGCUAUCGGCGUCCUGUUCAUGUUUCUGUAUCUCGCAUUUCAGGGAACAUUCUGUAACACGACAAUGUAUCUCUAUGUGUCAGAGAUCUUUCCUACCGAAAUCAGGUCUAUUGGGAUUGGCUGGUCACUUUUUGGGCAGUUCGCUGCUACUAUUAUCCUUCUUCAAUCGGCACCCAUUGGCUUCAAUGCCGUGGGAUGGAAGUAUUUUCUUCUCGUCAUUUGCUGGAGUGUUCUGUUUAUCCCAGCCAUCUACUUCUUCUGGCCUGAGACAGCGCGGCUAUCUCUUGAAGAGAUUGGCAAGCAAUUCGGAGACGAGGUUGCUGUGCAUAUCAACGAUGCUACGGAUGAAGAACGUGCUGCUAUUGACAGGAAGUUGAUCUCGGAAGCCCAUUCUGGGGACAAAGGUCCGAGUACUGGCGUAAAUAAUGUCCCUUCUAGCAACAGCAGUCAGAAUAUUUCCUCUGAGAGGUAA